AUGGCGGGGCGGGGCUUCGGCGAAGCGGUGGAGGUGGGGGACAGCAGCAGCAGCAGCGGACCAGUGGUCACGGAGCAAACAGCAGGCGGCCAAACUUACCUCACCAACUUGACCACUGGUCACCGGCUCAUUCCCGCCUCGCGCCGCCCCGACGGCACUCUCCGCAGGCCCAUCAAAGUGCGGCCCGGCUACACGCCCCUGGAAGAAAUGAAGUCUUACAAAACCCGCCACCAACUCAGCCAGGAGCAGCACAGAGCCACCACAGGUGCUGCUAUACCAGGCCUCACUGCAGCAGCAGCAGACAGCAGCAGCAGCAACAGCAGCAGCAGCAGCAGCAGCAGGAGCCGCCAGCGGAAGAAGAAGCAGGGCAACAGCCCCGCCGACUCUGCUGCAACUCCCGCUGCGUUUCCCGUGGCUCCUGCUGCUGCUGCCAGCUCUUCUGCUGCUGCUGCUGCUGCUGCUGCUGCUUGCUGCGAGCAGCUCACGAACUUGUCUAUCAGCAACAAGGAAGCAAACGCCUCUAGGGACCCAGCGAAAAGGCUAAGGAACUUGAAAAAGAAACUUAACGAAAUAGAAGAGCUGCAGCAAAGGAAGGCCAACGGAGAAGUGCUGCUGCCGGAGCAAGAAGAGAAGAUCGAGAGGAAGCAGCAGCUGCAGCAGCAAGCCGCGGAGCUGGAAGCAGAAAUCGCCGCUGCAGCAUGA